CUCAAAAUAGUACUCCAUUUAAUAAGCCCAGGCCACAAUAUCUGCGGUCAACCACUAGCCAGAUAACCGGGAUCUGCAAGAAAGAAAAUCGAGACGAUGAGCUUAUCUCUACUGCAAGGUUACUCCUCGGCUGAAGAAGAAGAUGAAGAUGAUGAAGACCAGCAGCAAUUAUCGCGAGAUGAAUUUUCCUCGGACGGUGAUGAAGACGAAAACGACACCGUUUUGGAGACCGGUCGUUCAUACAAACCCUUGUUCGACCCAAAUCCGCCGUCUUCUUCCUCAUUGCCAUCCGCUUUUGAAGUCUUCGCCGAAGUUACUGGGCCGCCGCAGUUUCUGAACAACUCUGUUCAGGAAGAUACUUCGAAAGAGAAUGGGCAACGGUGGAGGCACGGUCGUGGUAGAAAAAAUCGCGAAGAAAAGAAAGAUUCACCUUCAGGUGCUGUCGUUGAGUCUAAGGCUCAAUUAGUAGGGAUUUACGAGAGAGUGAGAACUGAUGCCGAGAGCAACCCCACCGGAGGCCAAUCGAGUGGUAGUAAAGCAGCCAUUGCUGCACCAGGUGGGAAACGAGUGGCUACCGUUGGCAACCCAAAUGCAGAAGAUGCAGCUGAGCUGUUGAGGAUGUGUGUGAGAUGUGGGAUUCCCAAAACUUAUUCUCACGCAAAAGGAAUAGUCUGCCCCAUGUGUGGGGACCAACCAGCAGCGGACUCUGAUAAAGAUGCCUUGAAGAAGAAAGGGUCUACUGUCAAGGACAAGGAGAAAAGUAAGAGGAUGAAAGGCCAAUCUUCUCACGCCACAUGGAAAAGCGAAACGGAGAUGCAACUCAGACAGCAGUUUGACUAGCAGAAGAAACUGGUGGUAUCUGUCUUAUGGGUAUGAGUUGUUCCUUAAAUUAUAAAAGUUGAGGAUAUAUGUUACUGAACAGAAUGGAAACAAAUUAGUGAUUUUGGAAGCAUGUAUGCAUUUUUUUCCUAGUCUCAGUCUCUCUCUCUCUCUCUCUCUC